GUUCACUUUGUUUUAUUCAAGGUUACACACUAUGUACAAUACAAUGAAUAUUUACAAUACAAAUAAUUUUUCGUGAAAUGUAUCCCAAAUUUUAUACCCAUAUCCCAAUGUAACAUGUUUCAACAAGACAAGGCGGCUUCCAAUCUAAAAGAAUCUUUUAUGGCCUAGUAAUGAUUAAAAAGCUACAAUAUCUUUGUGCUUGUUACCUUCGUUUUGGAACUACAAAGAUGGCCAUCCAGACAUAUUUGGCUGAAAUUUAUUAAGUUUAAGUAUUUCCCCAACAAACAAGGGCAUGACUAGAGUCUACAGGUGCUGGUCCUGUUUGUUGUUAGAAAUAUUUUCUAUAUUAUAGUUUUUUGCACACAGUGUGUGACUUUAACAUGUAGUAGACUCAACCAUGCCCAAGAUAAGCUUCCAUUAACCACAUUCAGGGUUAAUGAGAGAGAAAAGAGAGUGAGAGGAGUCUCAGUUAUUGAUCAAAUAUGUCACAUGCAAGAUAUGAGUCCAUUCAGGUCAGCUGGUGUCUCAAGGAAAACUAAGAAUGCUACACUAGUGACAGUUUGGGGAACUUUUAGGGGAAGUGAUAACAUCUGGAUUUAUAUCAACAGUGUUUCAAAUUACAUGUACUAAUGUCAAAUUACUAAAGGUGUUAUCUUUUAUCUCAGAAGCCAUUUUGUACAGUAUUUAAAGAGGUUUGCAUUACUAAUGACUUUUUUUAUGUCAUGAAGGUAAUGCAACCCCAUGAAGAACUUCUCCUGUAAAUGUGCCUAUAUUAUCCCUCACCAACAUUUUGGGUUUGAACACAGUUUUAAAUCCCUGUACUGGUAAAUCCAAUUUGUUUUCGUAUCGGUUAUUGAGGCUGAGGGCUGGCAGGGUCACUAAUGCACCGCCAUUUAGUAUUUUUUUUACCUAUGCAUUGACAUUUCCAACAGUAAAAAAUAUGCAUAUUAUAGCUCUUUACAAUAACGUGCCUAACCCCCAAAUGUAGAGCAACCUUCCCAAAAGAGUUGAGUUUACUUAAUGUGACAGUCAUGCAUCCUAUCAGAGACCUUCCGUGAAGACUAAUAUUUGAUAAUGGAAAUCUACCAACCUGACAGACUGCAAAAAAUAUGCUUUUUAAUCAAAUGUAUUUACUGGAGUAACAGAUAUGUCACUUCAAUUUUCAAGUUUAGGCUUAUGGUAUAUCUGCUUUUGUAAACCAAUAUCCAUUUAGAUAUCCAUUUAGAUUAAGUCACAGGGUGUGAACCCUAACUGAGAAUAUGAACUGAAUUUAAAUAUAAUACAUUUUCCUUGAAUGGUAUGUUAUGACUGCAUUGACUGGAAUCAAAUACACACACAAAAAAGUGGAUACUCUCUAUAAAGGUGAUGAUGAGUUGUUUGGCUGUAACCUAUAGGCACAUCUGGCCUGUUGUAGAAGCAUAAUACAGAUAUUACAGAAAAACUUUAAAAUAUAAAGCAGUUAUCAAGUCGAACCUGAACUAAAUAACACUAAAAAUUGGUAGGACAAUAUUCCAACAAAACACUACAGUUGAUAUCAGACUUAAGCAUAGCUGUCUAAUUAAUCAAAAUAGGCUACUCUGCCAUAUAAAACUUUGUAAUUAGAAGGAGUAUGAUACGUUACACUGUUGCUAAGUACUCUGGGAUACUAUAAAAAGUAUUUUUAAGGGUUAUUGUACACUUAAUUGUUACCGGAAAAGCCUGUUUUAAUUUAUUAUUGCAGCAUUAACAGAUCUAAAUUUGACAUAUCACUGUGUUUUGUACUGUAAUAAUGUAAAAUAAACUCGUUUAAAAUGUAAGCGUACAUGUUUUCCGGGAAAAAUGCCGAUGCCAUAUUUGAAAGGGUCCAUGCUUGACUGGGCUCUGCGUUUAAGGAAGCUUGUCCGCCCGGCAGUCAGAGCGGAGGGGGACUCGACUGCGAGAGCUUCAGGCGGUGAGUGAGCUAGUGACGGACACAGAAAUAUCUCCACGACGGCUUCCCUAAUAUCUUAAAUCAACGCUACAAUGAACACACUUUCACUGUAGCGGUCGUAUUGUGACAUAUCAAGAUUGAACAAUGUGAUUGUGAUCGGAGGCAGCUGCACUCCAAUGGUCGAGGACCUCACCUUACUUCACUAGAAUGUACUUGAUGAAUGUACCUCCUGUUGCAGUGACGCCAACAGAAUGGAGAACAUGUGGCCCACCUGGAGGCUAUAGCCUUCCAAUCUGCUUCAAUGACUCUGACACUGAGUUGUCCACCAGAGGCACACCUAUCUCAGAUAAGGUCCAGAUGAUCAUAGAGAGCCUUAGGAGCACCCAGUCCUCACUCGAGAUGGGCGACGAGAUCGAGAGAAAUGUGCUAUCAGGACAGGAAGGUCAUCCCCAAGUCUGCAAGGUCGCAGUGGCUUCUUAUGUGGGAGCAAAGUCCAAAACUAAAGGUCCCACUGAAAACCAACAGGCAUAUGUUUCCUCCCCAAUCAACCAUGAGAGCAGUGACUCUGACAGCGAUGAUUCUGUGGACCGAGGAAUUGAGCAGGCAAUACUGGAAUACCUGAAGGAAAAGGAUGAUCACAAACGCAAGGCGGAACCAUGCUUUACCUUUCUCCAAUCAUCCAAAAUUCCCAGGAAAAACCCACCUAUUCCUGAGGUUUCCAAACAGAACUCUGACAACAAUACAGUUUUGAUUGCCAGUAACCAAUUUCCAAAAAGUGUCAAAGCUGAGACUCCCACAGCACCAGCUGUUAUGCCUAUAAAAAAGUAUAUCAAAAACAAGGCCCCCCUAAAUGACAACACAGUUAAGAAAUUGGAUUCAAAUAAAAGUACAACAACCAAAAGUUUAGUCAUGCCCAAAGAGCAGACAAAGAGCCCCUCUAAAACAAUCAGCCUAUUCAACAAAGUAAAGUGCCCAGUCACAGUUACGGUGGAGGAAGACUCAAAUGAUUCCAGUAGUGAUGACGGCAUUGAGGAGGCCAUUCAAAGAUACCAGCUGGAGAAAAAGGAGCAGCAGAACAAAAGGGACACUUUCAGUCCACAUGCAUUCAAAGAGGAGUCUGACUCCACUAGCGAUGAUGGGAUUGAAGAAGCUAUUCGCUGCUACCAGCUUGAGCAACUCAAGGAGAAGAGUGUCGUGAAACCAUUCUUACACAAGCAAAAACCCUUUAGUAAGUCAUUAAUACAUGCUGUUGGAAGUACGAGCACGGAAAACAUGAAGAAACACAAACUGAGAAAGAAAAAGACCAAAACAGAGAAAGAAGUAAAAUCUGUUCAGCCUCCUCCUUCAUCUGUUUUCAUGCCCAAGAAUACACUUUCAGACAGCUCAAAGGGGAAAGGAAAUGGAUUGCUUUUGUUUAAAGUAGAAAGUCUUAAGGAUCAACCUACCCCUGCCCCUCCAAAGGUUAAUACAACUGCAGAGCUCAUGUGUGCUGAGGCAAUACUGGACAUUUCAAAAACUGUUAUGCCUGGGGCCUUCCAUCACAGUGUUGGCCUUAGCAGUUGUGCCCCCACCGACUCUUCCUUGCAAUCUUCACUUCCUGACAACUGCCCAGAUGAAGAAGGUGAUGCCAGUUCCAUUGAUAGUGAAGAUGGGAUAGAGCAAGAAAUCAGGAAAUUUCUUGAGCAGAAGGCCCAAAUGCAUAAACAGCCGGCCAGCUCUGCUAUGACUCAAGAGCCUCAUAGUAUAAAUGAACCAGAGGACGUGAAAGCAAAACAAGUUACAACCCAAAAGAAACCUCCAAGAUUGUCUUUGACACAGAGAAGAAAACACAAAGAAGAAAACCUUAGCAUUUCAAACAUGUCAGGGACAGAUAACAGUGUUAAAGAAACAGCCUCUAAACCUUUACCUGAGCAUAGAAAAGAAUCAAGCCCAUUGGUAUUUUCCCAGGGAACUCAAAAGCACCCAAUAGCUGUAUUACAUGAGACAGAGCAAAGUGGAGACAAAAGCAGCUCGCUUGACAGUGAUGAGGACCUAGACACCGCAAUAAAAGACCUGCUCAAGACAAAAAAGAAGUCAAAGAAAAAAAUUAGAGACUUAAAGCGGAAAUCAAGGAAGUGCCUCAAGGAUGAAGAACCACUGCUAGGAAAUGCUUUACAGACCAAAAAGUUCAAACCUGAUCCUAUUUCCAAGCGCAGUGUUUUGAAAAAGGUACAAAAGAGUAAGGAUGACAUGAAAGACAAGUCUGGGCUGAGUAAAAAUACCUUUUUACAACAUAAACAAACUGAUGAGAGUGAAGAGCAUGAUACACAUGAUGGUGAAACAAAGACAUUGAAAGCAACUGAGGGUCAAGACACCACGUUGCUGCAUAAUACUCAGACUGCUCUUCAGAUAAAGGAAGAUAGCAGUUCAGUAGACAGUGAUGACAGCAUUGAACAAGAGAUUAGAAGGUUUCUGGCUGAAAAGGCCAAAGUUUCCACUGCAGAGAAAAGUAAAGAUGGAGAUGUUUCGAGGAACGGCACUGUUGUGGUUUGUACCCCACUUCCAGAAGAAGACAUUAAGCAGGAAAAUCAGCUGGCUGAAAUUCCAAGAAAAAGUAUCAGUUCUCUCUCUGGACAAUCUCUUCUGAGUAGUCAGCCUCUUCCAACGCCACAGAGUUUGCUGCCAGACAUCUCUACUGUCGGGGCAGAAUCACACCUGUCCUCUGUCCAGUCCUGCAGCCCCAGCCUUUUGGAGCCAGCAGAUGGGGCAGGGGCUGCUAGAACCGAGCAAAGGAGGCCUAGCACUGGAGUCCAGGAUGAAGUCCAGAAUGUCACCACACAGACGGAGAGAGUUCGGCCAGUUUUAAGUCCUAACAUUGCUCAUUCCCGCUCAGAGUCGAUCAAGUGGCGCCAGAGCUUUGGGCUCCCCACUAUUGACAGUAGGACUCACAGUCGAACUCCAUUCCAUAUCACCUCGUCUAAAAUCAGUGAGACUGCGUCAACAAAUCCACCAUAUCAAAGGGAGGGCAUCAGCCCUAAAUCACAGACUCCAGUCACUGUUUGGUCCUCUGCAAGGACCAGCAGAGCACCUUUCUCCUGUUCUACCGAGACAACUGUAAAUACCACGUUCAGAUCCCCUGUUUUGAAUAUUUUGUCUACUGGCAGGCAGCAUCCAAGGAUGUCCUUUACACAGAGCCUUGUGCCUGGCCACAGGUCACAGUGCCCCAUAGAAGGAGAGACAGAGAGUAUGGUGCAUAUGUCUAAGGACAAGAGUGUGUUUGUCGAACUGGAAUCUAAUAGGACCAACCAUGUCCAGGUUCGAAGCAGGGAAAGGAUCGAGGCAAAGGAGAGAGUGGACUUGCUAAGUGAGAUAAAAAGCGAAGGCGAGAGCAUGAAGAUAGAUGAUAAAGAAGUACAUCUAGAAAGAACAGAGGAAGAAUUUAUAGAUGAGGCAGAUUGUGAGUCAGGCAACAGGAGAAAUCCAGAGAAGAAGCAGGGCUUUUCCACAUUGUCUUUGUCCAGUGCCAUUGACCCUGGUAUCGCCUUCAGACCUUGCAUAGCUCUUACCACAGAGGAGAGAAGCAGGAUGUUCAACAGGAGUUACCUGGCUAAAAAAUGCAAGAAGGGGGUAUCUUCUCUCAGUAGUGUUCCUGUGCAGAACAAGACCGUGCAACAUGUCAAAAGAAAGCUUCAGUUCAUUCCAGUCAACAGGAGAAGUGAAGCACCCAGCCACCACAGCAUUCUGCAUUUGAAACCUGCAUGCAGAUGAUGUUAGAUAUUAUAGUAUGUGGGUUGUUGAAUAAUUAGUUUGUUAAUGUAAGGUUUGCUGUUAGUUUUGAUGUUAAAUGCCAAUUUUGUAUAUUGGUUUCUUUUUUUUACGGUACUUUUUUGUUGGAUUUUGAAAAAAAAAGGGUUUUGCCCUGUUUUCUAAUGUUGUAAGUGAUAUAUUGAGGAGAUUAUCCAAAAUAUAUCAAUACAUGGAAGAAAGUCUAAGUUCACUCGUUCGUUUAUAUAGCAAAUUAAGGGAAUUUCUUCAUGUUGCUACUGAAUAAUUACAGUUUACUGGUGGCAUGGUUUUAGUUAGUUGCUAUUCUGUAAAACGCUAUUACUUUAUCAGUAAUAUGUGAUACUACUAUUAUGUCCCGGGCCAGAUAGACAGCAUUAAUUCUUCAUACUACAGCUGUUUCUAGUUUUUGUUUUUUGGAAAUAAUUAUAAUUUUUAUUGCCAAACAUUUGUUCUAUAUCAGGAGUUAACAUUAACCUUGGUUUAUGUUCUUUUAUACCUUUGUAUAGCUAAAUAACAUGAGAAGUGUUGUAUUUGUAUUUCAAUAAAGUUGUGAAGUUAAAAAAAGAAAUGGCAUC